AAAAUUCGAUAAGCCCAUUCCUUCGUUUAAUAAAGUAGGGUUAAUAAAUAAAAAAAUUAUGUAGGAGACAGAGAAAAUAGUGGUUGUAAGACAAUGCUCACAAAGUCCAAUUCCAUCAUGAAAGUUUCCACUCAGAAAAACAGUGUGAUGUAUUAUGGCUCACUUACUGAGGCACCACUCUUUUACGUCCACAAGUGUGUGGACUGAGUCUCGCCUGCACCACCAAGCCUACGCUUCCAUUAAACUCAGCAAUCAUCGUCAAGGAAGGUUGAAAAUCUAUGGCAAGAGAAGGGCAAGCGGGAAUGGGUGUGUGGUGCAGUGCUGCACUUCUUCUUCUUCAUCAGCAGCAGCAAAGGCGGGUGUGGAGCUGAGUGGAAAUGCGGAGGAAGAUAAUAAUGGAAGAUGGGAAGAGAAAGAGGAGGAGGAGCCUUUGUAUUUGGCAAGCGAGUAUGGAUGGAAAGUAAGGAGAUUGGAGGAGGAUCAACCCGAGAUUAAGAAGGUUGCAGAAAUUCAGGCAGAAGCAUUCCACCAACCAAUGGCCUUCUUUGAUGAUUUAUUCUUUCAGUUCUUCCAGGCGGAGGUACUGGCAGGGCUCAUAUACAAACUUAGGAACUCACCUCCAAACAGGUAUGCAUGUUUAGUGGCGGAGUCUCCCUCGGAUGCUAAUUCUGAAUCGAAAACAAAGCUAGUAGGCGUGGUGGAUGUGACGGCGUUGAGAGACGAGGCUGUUCUUCAACACCUUCAGGGGGCUGACGAAUACCUUUAUGUUUCGGGACUCGCUGUUUCCAAACGCUUUCGGAGGAGGAAGAUCGGUAGUUGUUUGUUGAAAGCUUGUGAGAUGCUGUCGGUUUUAUGGGGUUUCAAGUAUCUUGUCCUUCGGGCUUACGAAGAUGACUUGGGUGCUCGCACGUUGUACGCAAAUGCAGGGUAUCGAGUUGUCUCGCGUGAUCCACCAUGGUUGACUUCUUGGAUUGGGAGAAGGCGCCGUGUUCUUAUGAUCAAACAGUCUAAUUUCCUUAAUCUUAUUAACUCCACCUUUCAGUUAUAAACAAGGACUGGGUUGAGAGACACAUCAAUAUGGAAACAGCGCACAUUGUUGUUCUUUGCAAAGAAAAUAUCACUUCAAUGAAAAAAGCUUUCAAAAGUGGUUAGUAACCUUGGAGUUAUGUCAUUUGGUACCUAAAACCCUCGGAUUUCAGAUAUUUUGGUUUCAUAGACAACAAUUCUGCAAGUCAUCCGUUGGAUGAUACACGAAAUGCCUUAACAAAGUGAUCACUUGGAGUUAUAAGAAGCAAGCUACAACAGCAUUAUCAACCUAAGGAGCUGAGUACGUCGCUACAACUUCAGCAACUUGUUAAGCUAUUUGCCUAAGAAUGGUGUUAGUAUAUCUUCAACAAUAACAAAUGGAGCAAUAAAGAUAUUUUGUGAGAACAAAACAACAAUCUUUGUGAUAAAGAACCUAACAUUUUAUUGGGAUCUAGUGUACUUACUGUAGUAAUAUCGUUAAAUGUAUUUGAAAAUUUUCAAACAUAUUGGUUGAAUAAAAUUCUAUCAAUUCUCAUUAAAA